CCAACCUACGGAGUAUUAAAUUGCUCUAAUUGUCAAUAAGAAAAAAAAUCCUACUUCUCAUCCUGCCUUUUUCUCUGUUCUCCAUUGAAGCGCACUUGACGUUCUUCAUUAAGGCGCCUUCUAAUUACUUGUAUUCCCCAUUGAAGCAGCUUCUUAGUUAUCAAUAUAAUGGCUUCCUCGGAUGAAGAGAUAACUAGAUUAUACAGAAUUCAGAGAACAAUAAUGCAAAUGCUGAAUGACAGAGGUUAUAUUGUGGCUGAUCAUGAGCUCAACAUGUCAAAGCAGCAGUUCAUUAGUAGAUAUGGUGAGUUUUUGAAGAGGGAUGCUCUUUCUAUCCAAAAAAGCAAGCGAAAUGAUAGCUCUGACCAGAUAUAUGUUUUCUUCCCUGAGGAGCCUAAGGUUGGUGUUAAAACAAUAAAGAAUUACGCCAAUAUUAUGAAAAAUGAAAAUGUUCCGAGAGCAAUUCUGGUGGUCCAACAGAACCUGACUCCUUUUGCCAAGACUUGCAUAAGUGAAAUGUCUUCAAAAUUCCACCUGGAGGUUUUUCAGGAGGCAGAGAUGUUGGUUAACAUCAAGGAGCAUGUUCUUGUUCCUGAGCAUCAAUUGCUAAAUGAUGAAGAAAAGAAGACCCUGCUCCAAAGGUACACCGUCAAGGAAACUCAGCUACCAAGAAUUCAGAUGAAUGAUCCAGUUGCUAGAUACUAUGGACUUAAGCGUGGACAAGUUGUGAAGAUUAUUCGCCCUAGUGAAACAGCCGGAAGAUAUGUCACAUAUCGAUACGUUGUAUGAUUUAUGCCGCCUCACAAACAUAUUCCAGAAUCUACCAUACCAUGUUAUUUUUGCUUUGCUUCCUGGAAUUUCUUUUGACACUAAGAUUGGUAUCUGUGGUAGCAGUAGUAAUUACCAUUUAAGUCCAUGGUAUGGUUGAGUUUGUCAUCCUACAAUACUAGUGUCCAGAAUGUUUAUUUCCUUUUACAAUGAUCUGCCAGGUGAAAGUUAUACUAGCAUGGUAUUAGUUAAAAAAUAGUAACAACUUCUCCUAAACUUAGCUUUGUGUAAUUGGAAGUUUAUAUAUCCAUCAAACUUUAGCUCUGAUUGUUUA